UAUUACCAACAAAAAAAAAUCAACAACAACACUAUGAAUUUCAGUUCUUCUCAUGAUUCACAAAAUGACAUUAAUUGUUAUCGAGUUUAUGUCUCAUUUUGUGGCAAAAAUUAUAGUAGUACUCCUAAUGUUAACAUGUCGAAUUGGAUAUCGUGUUACUACCCUUCAACGAACUCAUGGAAUACUCAUGUUACGUCAAUUCCAGGUCUUCUGGAGAACCACGUCCUGAAGGAUUUCGCGAUGGUUAUUAUUCGCGAGGAAAUUUAUGUAAUUGGAGGACGACAAUGUUACAAGGAUGUAAUUGGUAGUUAUGGAAAUAAUAACGGUCAAGAAAUCGACAUAGAAAUUCUUCCUUCUGUCCUUAAAUACAAUGUUUGUUCUGAUUCUUGGACUAAAUGUGCACCUUUAGGAACUCCAAGGUUUAAUUUUGCAUGUAUGGCUUCUAAAGAUGGUAAAAUUUAUGUGGCUGGUGGACAAACAACAUUUGAUGGUGCUAAGGGUACUUCAUUGGCUGAGGUUUAUGAUCCUGUCCUAGAUGAAUGGAAACAACUCCCUAAUAUGAGCACCACCAGGUACAACUGUGUUGGUGUGUCAUGGCAAGAGAAAUUUUAUGUGGUUGGGGGAUUUGCCAAAAGAGAAAAUAUUAACACUAAUCAAGGACCAUAUACUAUGGAAAGAAGUUCUGCUGAGGUGUACGAUCCAGAAGAUGACACAUGGCAUUACGUGGCGAGGAUGUGGGACCUAGAUGUGCCACCUAAGCAAAUAGAAAAUGUUGAGGGGAAGCUUUUUAGCUCAGGUGAUUGUCUAAAUACAUGGAAGGGACACAUUGAAUCCUAUGAUGGGAAACACAAUAUAUGGUAUAUUGUGGAUGGUUCAACUUCACCAAUAUCUACAUUAGAAAUUGACAAACAAAAUAAUUGGCCAAAUUUGGAAAGAAUUUUUUGUACCAUGGCUCCUAUAGGGACAAAAUUGUACUUUUUGGCUGGUUAUAGAAUUAUGUUGGAAGAUAAUUAUACAUCAAGAACUAGAAGUGAGGUACAUGUUUUUGAAACAUCACCAAAUGGGAAUGGAUGGAGAAGUUUAAUUGAACCACUAGAGGAAGAAAGGGAAAAAGAACUUUGUAGUCAUUCUUGUGUUAUGAAAUUGGAUUCUUGAUUCUUGAUUUAUUUCAUCUUUUGACCAUUUACAUCAUUAUUGAUAUGAAAAUAAUGGAUAAAAUCGGGUUCGAUUGUCAACUAUCCUUAUCGAAAAUAGGAUUGAUUAUUGAUACAUUGAAGGCAAAGGUUGCAGUGGCUUUUCUUUCGAACCAAUAGAGGAAGAAGGGGAAAAAGAACUUUG